AUGUAUUCAAAACGAUUCAUUUUAACUUUGUUGGUCAUAAGCAUAUUUUUAUUCUCAAUUGCAACAGCCCAUAUAUCAGUCGGCACGUGUUUCAGAAACUGUUCGCAGUGCAAAAAAUUUCUAGGGAUAUACUUCGAUGUGCAACUUUGCGACGAGUACUGCGUCAAGUUCAAAGGAAAGAUGACCCCGGACGUCGAAGAUCCGGACUCGUUGGCACCUUUCAUCACUAAUUUGAACGAAGUUCAGUGA